GCCAAAGAGGUCGCCCCGGACGACGACGACGAGGCGUUGGAGGAGGACACCAGCAUUGAAGGGAAGUGGUCAUUGGAAGAGAGGCAGCGCGUGGCCGAGCGCAUCGAGGCUUCCGGUACGCCCCUGGGUUUACCCGACGCGGCCUUUGAUGCGCCCUCCAUGGUGCAGGACGCCUAUGAUGCCAUGAUCCAGAAGAGUCCUGGGGUGGAAGUGAUGAUGGAAGCCAUUCUUCAAGCUGCCAGGCGUAUGGACGCGGAGAACUGGCAGCGCUUUCAGCAGAUUCCUUUGCUCCACGUCCACCAGGACGAUUCCACGGUGCACAGCAACCUCUUCGCCCAAAACGAACCCAGCUGGCGACCGCUGCUGCAGCGUCCCAAGAAGCGGAAGCAAAGCUGUGCCUUUCUCCACAUGGGCACUGCGCCAAUGACGCCUGUGCUGGCGGACUUCCUCACUAAGCUGGGAUGGUCCGGCAUCUGCGUGGGGCCGAUGAAGCCACCUCCAGGGAACGAGGACCUGCUUCAGUUUGUUCAGCUGGAUCCUGCAGAAGCAAAGGAUCAGUUCCAGAUUGACGAACUGCUCGGGGAGACGGGGGGGUUGGUGCCCAGUCCACCCACCUUCCCCUUGGCCUUCGUCAAUGUUCUCUUCAACGUCAACGAGGAUUCCAGCCUGUUGGACCCUUACGAUGAUGACUACGAAGAAAAGCUGAAAGAAAGGCAGGAACAGGAGGCAGCCGAGGCCGAGGCCAAGAAGGCUGCAGGGAAGAAGAAAAAGAAGGACACCGUUGUACAAGAGAAUGCCGAGCUGCCGCCAGUGCCUCCCUCCACUGUGGCAGGCUACGGUGUGGUGGGCCUCACCCGGGGGCAUCGGGUGAGACGUCGCCUGCGGGCCAUCAAGAACUGCCUGGCGAUCACGCUGGGACGGCUGGCCAAGGAUGGAAGUCUGGUGAUGGUGUGGCCUGGGCUCCCUUUGCACCCAGUGCUCUUCUUCAUUGCAGGUUCGCUGCGAAAGCUCUUUCAGCGUGUUCAUGUCUUCAGCCCCGAAGGUUCUAAGACCUUUGAGGUGUACAUCUUAGCAGCAGGCUACAAACGGGACAAGGCUGACAGCAAAGUGCCCGGCAUGGGAGGCCUUGAGAUCCGAAGCUUCUUUGAAGAUACUUGGAGGUUGGGGCCAUGGCGAAAUGGGCGGCCCAAGCUUCCGGCAUCUUCCGGCACUUCAAGGUUUUUGGGGAGGAAAAAGCCAGUCUUCAUAGAAAAUGAUCUCGUGGAUGAUGGCAUUUCCACGAUUUUCUUUGCACUCUUCAGUGUCUGGAACCAGAAAAAAGGGUAUAAGAUCUCUGUUUAG